AUGGUUGCAAAUGUUACCUUGACCUUGUUGGCAUGGAUGAUGCUGAUAUUGACGGACUACAGUAUCCUGUCAGUCAGCCACAUGAUGCUAACGGUGACCCUCAACCUGAUGUACUUUGCUGUCAGACUUGUGCCAUACCGUUGCAACGUGUUCGACACUAGCGAACAAUUGGCCUUGCAGAACAACAACAGACCACUUACUUUUGACGAGUAUGCGUCACUCCUGGAGGCAGCAGCCCAAAACCAUGAUGAGGUCACCAAAGGAUCCAAGCCCAAGGCCAAUCCUAGGAAGGCAUAUGCUACUGAUGUUGUCACCACUGGUGAUCUUGAACCAGAUCCUGGCCCUCCCAUGUUUGACUUCAACAUUGACAUGGACCUUGGCAACUACUAUGCUUACCGCACGUCUUUGUCAUCUGCUUGCAAGACCUUUCUACCUAACGAACUGUGGCAACAAUUAGAUGAUCAAGGUUGA